AUGCAAAGGCCUGUGGCUGUUUCAGCUACACCUCGCGGUGGACUGCCUACCGACAGCAGCGACUCUAUCGUGACUUUAGAUCAAGUUCCGCGGUGGAAUGAUACCGAUCAGUCGUUAGGGUAUGAAAAUGGAGAGGCUCCGUUUUCAAAUUCUUACUUUCCUGAUCCUUUAGCAUCAACUUCAGGAGCCGACGGCAGUUCGUCUGUAUCGAGAUUUCCGGUUGAUCAUGAAAUUAAUUCGAGGAUUUAUUUGUGGAGAGGGAAUCCCUGGAAUCUUGAGGUGGAUGCUGUUGUAAAUUCAACCAAUGAGAAUAUGGAUGAAGCACAUAGCAGCCCUGGAUUGCACGCUGCAGCUGGAUCUGAUCUUGCAGAAGAAUGCGCGACUCUGGGUGGAUGUCGAACAGGGAUGGCUAAAGUUACCAAUGCAUAUGACCUUCCUGCUAGGAGAAUUAUCCACACCGUUGGCCCCAAAUAUGCUGUAAAGUACCAUACUGCUGCUGAGAAUGCUUUAAGUCAUUGCUACCGUUCUUGCUUGGAGCUUCUAGUCGACAGUGGACUUCGAAGCAUUGCUAUGGGAUGUAUUUACACCGAGGCAAAGAACUAUCCUCGAGAACCUGCUGCUCAUGUAGCUAUAAGAACUGUGCGACGGUUCCUUGAAAAGCAGAAAAACAACUUAACAGCUGUUGUAUUUUGCACCACUAGCACAACUGAUACUGAAAUAUACAAAAGGCUGCUUCCACUUUACUUUCCUCGGGAUAAACAUGAGGAGCAAGUUGCAUUGUCGAAACUUCCUGCAGAUGUUGGGGAUGAAAAUGGUGAGACCAUCAUAGAUGAGCGUAAAAUCAGAAUAAAGCCUUUGCCUAAAAAGAGUGUUUCAAGACCAUCUGAUGUUGCAGUUGAUCUUCCUGUCAGUGAUAUUGGCCUGGUUCAAAAGAAAUCAUCAAAUUUAGAUUCAUUUUUAGAUCCCGCCUUUAUGUCCUUGAUUAAAGACCCUGAUCAAAGGCGUCUGGAGCAGUGGGAGAAAACUGCUGAAGCACAAAGAGGCUUUAACUGUGCUAAAUUACUUGGAUAUGGUGACCUCGAGGGGCCUCCAUUGUCUGCUUCCGAAGAAUAUUCUCUACACUCCAGAUACCUUUCCAAAGCAAACUCUUUAAAUCUUUCUGAAAUUGCAGAAAUGAAAAUUGUCUAUCGUGGAGGGGUAGACAGCGAGGGUCGUCCUGUCAUGGUUGUUGUGGGGGCUCACUUUUUGCUCAGGUGUCUUGAUCUGGAAAGAUUUGUGUUAUAUGUGGUAAAGGAGUUCGAGGCUUUAAUACAAAAGCCUUAUACUAUUGUCUACUUCCACUCUGCCGCAUCUCUGCAAGUGCAGCCAGACCUGGGUUGGAUGAAAAGAUUGCAACAAAUACUUGGUCGAAAGCAUCAGCGCAAUCUGCAUGCAAUAUAUGUGCUUCAUCCAAGUUUUGGACUAAAAGCAGCAGUACUUGCACUUCAAAUGGUUGUUGACAAUGAGGUUUGGAAGAAAGUGGUAUAUGUUGAUCGACUUCUGCAGCUCUUUAGAUAUGUACCCCGUGAACAGUUGACCAUCCCUGAUUUUGUGUUUCAGCAUGACUUGGAAGUGAAUGGGGGGAAGGGUGUCAUUGCAGAUCCCAGAACAAAAUUUGUGUAUGAUAAACCGUAA